UGCUCUUCAAAUUCCUAUUCCUCUCCCACUUUCUUCUACCCUAACGCCGUGGCAUUCGCUGUCUCUGUCCGCCGUGACGGAAAAGACAAGAAAAUUUUAUCAGAAAAGGAGAAAUAAUUUGAAUUCAGAUGGCGGCACAGCCUCCGGCAAUGACAGACGGCGGAUCACAGCCUGUGACAGCGCUUUACGUUGGUGACCUCCACCCGAACGUGACCGAGAUUGAAUUAAGCGAGGCGUUCAGCCGAAUGGGAGACGUAAUAUCUGUUAAAAUUUGCAUGGACCAUACUACUGAGAGGUCACUUGGAUAUGGCUACGUCAAUUAUAGUAACCCUCAAGAUGCCGCAAGAGCCUUGAAGGAGCUGAACUUCACUAAUCUAAAUGGAAAACCUAUCCGAAUAUCAUAUUCUAAUCGAGACUCAAGCUUACGUAGAAGUAGUGCUGGAAAUAUAUUUGUUAAGAAUUUGGACAUUGCAAUUGAUAACAAAGUAUUAAACGAGAUAUUUUCUUCAUUUGGAAACAUAGUUUCAUCCAAAGUUGAAACAGAUUCGUUUGGUCAGUCGAAGGGCUAUGGUUUCGUGCAAUACGAUACUGAGGAAGCUGCCCAGAAAGCUAUUAAUGAACAGAAUGGCAUGUCAUUGUAUGGCAAGCAAGUCUACGUAGGACAUUUCGUUAGCAAGCGAGAAAGAGAGAAUAAGACAAAAUUUACCAAUGUGUUUGUAAAGAAUUUGUCUGAAUCAAUAAGUGAAGAAGAUCUGAAGAUAAUAUUUGGUGAAUUUGGAUUGAUUACCAGUAUAGCAGUGAUGAGAGAUGAAGAUGGAAAUUCAAAAUGUUUUGGAUUUGUAAACUUUGAGAAUGCAGAGGAUGCUGCUAAAUGUGUUGAAUUUCUCAAUGGUAAGAAAUUCAAUGACAAGGAAUGGUAUGUUGGACAAGCCCAGAAGAAAUCUGAGAGGGAACGUGAAUCAAGACUUGAGUAUGCCGAGAAGGAGACACGUGAAAGAUCAUUAGGAUUAAACAACCUCUAUAUCAAGAAUCUAGAUGAAGCAUGA